UUCACAUAAUUAGGCCCCCGCGAGGUUGCCAUGGGUGGGGUACGCGUCAUUGCAUUGAUUUGCUCUAUUCCGGCGAUUCUUAAAAACGCAAUUAGGGCUUCACCAGAAAUUAUUUAGUAGUGUGUGAAAAAUAAAAAUAAACCAAAACUGCGAAGUUUCCGUUUCUGACAAAUAUUGUCAAAAGACUAGUCCAUCAUUCUUUAUAAAUUCAAUCAUUGUAAAUAUUAUUGUCUCGCUGAAUUUGAAGAAAAAUUAUUAGUUAUGGAAUUACGGGAGACGAGUACGCCUAAUGCUCAAUAUUCUUAUUCAAUAUUGCCGUUAAACGAUCAGCAAACCAUUUUCGACUGCCUUCUCGUAAUAAACGGAAAAGACUAUGUGUUACACUUAUUACUUCCUAACUAUCCAUCACAUAAGGGAUGCACAGUUUAUGUGAGCUGGGAGUUAAGGUCAAUAAUGACGAGUAAAAGUAAAGGUUUCAAUCAACAUUUGCUUGAAAACUGUUGCAGUGUUGCAGAAUUUGUUGAAAAAUUGGUCCUCCUAAUCAAAGAUCACACAACAGAUUCCUGUAUUAUUGACAAGGAUAAACUAAGAGCGGUAGAUUACUCAAACAUUCUGGAUGAUAUUGAUAAAAUAGGCUGGGAGAAGCUCUCAAGUGUUAAUCAUGAUUUCACUGAGAUCAGGCUGAAAAUGUAUGAUUCUUUGAAUCGUGAACACAUUUUGAAUGUCAAAUUUAACAAUGAUUUGCCAGAGUUUUCAACAGAGUUUCCCAGAAUCAUAAACUUUGAAUGGCAUGAGAGCACUAGUACACUGAUUGAAAUGUACAACAUAUUUUGUGAAGAAACAGAACAUUACCAAGAUUUCUGGGAAACAAUGGAUGAGUUGGACAGUAGAUGUUGGGUUCUAGAACCUGAAAACCCCUCAAGACGUGAUACAUACAGGAAAAUAUCUAUUGCUCCAAACGUGUCUCUGAAAAUAGAAGUAGAUCCAAAUCACCCUCGCAUUUUCCCCUCUAUUACUUGGCUUGGGUCUGAAACGGCUGUGUUUGUUUUCCGAGAGAAAAUUUUAGAUCGAGUUGAGACUUGGAACAGCGAUUUCCCAAUAACUACCAAUCUCGAAAGACUUCUCGAGAUAUCCCUACCGUCGAAACAAACUUGUGAACAAACAGCAGAGAGUCAUGAGGUGACCUGUUGUAUUUGCUACUCAGAACGCCUCAAUGGCGAAGUUCCAUCGCGCACUUGUGACAAUUCUCACUGCGGACAAUCAUUCCACAUCUAUUGUCUAUACGAGUGGCUUCGAAGUUUAAGAGAGACGAUAAGAAAGCAGGGGAAUAAAGUAUUUGGAGCGUGUCCAUAUUGUGACCAACCCAUCUCGUGCAAUCCUCCAGGACCUUAAAAUGUCAUGUUCAAGGUAAAUUUAUAUUGAGACUUAUGAGGGAGCUUCAACAUCUAAAUUCAAUUAUUAACAGAAGUUAACUGGAAAUAUAAAAUGCUAGUAAUUUUCAA